GUAGCGGCGUUGACAGACUACCUUGUUGCAGAAGCCGCUGUGGCAAAGAAAUAAACAUUUAAUAAGGAGAGAAUGGAUGGAGAAGAGAAAACAUAUGGUGGGUGUGAGGGCCCUGAUGCCAUGUAUGUGAAGUUGAUAUCCUCUGAUGGUCAUGAGUUCAUUGUAAAAAGAGAGCAUGCAUUAACAUCAGGAACAAUAAAAGCAAUGUUGAGUGGCCCAGGACAGUUUGCAGAAAACGAAACAAAUGAGGUGAAUUUUAGAGAGAUUCCAUCCCAUGUCUUAUCCAAAGUAUGCAUGUAUUUCACCUACAAGGUUCGCUACACUAACAGUUCGACGGAGAUUCCUGAAUUCCCAAUUGCACCUGAAAUUGCACUGGAACUUCUGAUGGCUGCAAACUUCUUAGAUUGUUAAAUAAAAUAAAUUAUAAUAAAAAUGUAAAACUUUUUUCAGUAUUUAAUACCCGUAGUUCAGUUAGUACCUUUUUCAGAUAGCAUGUUGCGUGUGUGAGAUUGAGAACUGUAAAGUUCACUGCAGAGGCAGUUGCCUUCAGUCUUCUUGCAUAGCAGUCAUUCAAGUUGAAAUUUGUUUUGCUGCUUACACAAAUACAGGCCUUUUCCCAAACCAAGACAAAUAAAACAAAUGUACCAGUUAGUAGAUGGCUAUGCCUUAUCCUUUAGGUGUGGUAGAAUUUUCUUUUAAUGCAAUUAUAAAAUACAUAGGCCAGUGCUUUGUAAAAGCUAAUUCUAGCCUCAUGUGUAGAUGUUUAGGGUUUUUAACCAUUGAAAUUUCUAAACAUCUAAACUUGAUCUCCUUACAGAGUAGUUGUCCUUUAGGAUAGUUAAAACUGAAGUACAUUAGCAUUUGCAUCUUAAAUACCCACUUUCAAGGAUUUGUAAACUGGCAAAAACAUUCACUUUAGACUGAAAACUGACUACGUAGGGGAAUUUUUUAUGCUUUAUUUUAACUUGGCUAUGUUUUGGAAAUGCAAAGAAUAUGAUUCAGUUUUCUCAUGUAACUUAAUUCACCCUUUCCCUUCUAUCCAUUUAAUGUUCAGGUCACAGUAGCUUUUAGAGAAAAAAUAUAAAUAACCAAGUUAGUUCUUAAUGCAAACUCUCAAUUUUGUGUGUAUACUAUUUUCUGUAUAACAUGUAAGGUUAUUCAUAAUGUACUCUCACUUGACCUGAUAUUAGUUUUAUAUAAUAGCUGACUAUAGCUUUUUCCCAUUGUUUGUGAUAAGUCAUGUAAACUCUGUAUUUACUCUUGGUUUUAUAGCCUUUAAACCAUCCUAAAGGUGGCUGCCACAGAGGUAGUUCUCUUCCUUAUCCUUUCCCCCUCCCAUGCUUUCCCCUUACUUUCAUAAGAAAAACUGAAAAUUUGGAGAGACUUUUAUUAGGAGAAAAGGGGCAUUAAGUUAUGUGUCUGACCUUUUUUUGUUUCCUUUAAGAUUUCCUAAAUAUCCAAUAUUUCCACGAAUAUGUUGAGCAAAAAGGAUUGACAAGCUAGUUAUAUGAAUGCUCAGUGGAACAUAUAAUCAUCCCUUGGUUUCUGUUGAUAAUUGCCUGUUGCAUCCACUUUUCUCUCAGACCAAGUUUCCAUAAGACAAACGCAGUGAACAGUAUUACUAUGAGUGACAGCCUGGAGACUUCUACUACAAAACCCUCUGUAGAUGAGUGAUAUAUGUAAUUGGUAAUGAGAGAUGACAAAAGAGCCAUCUAUAUCAGUUGUCAUUGCUUCAGUUCUGAGAGAGAGGUGGCUCUGGUCUGUUGUGGAAAUACCACAAAUAGAUGAUGGGUUCUCUUAUUAGUGUAUUAACCAACUAAUGGUGGCCUUAAGGGAUCAUGAAAUCUUGUCAUACCUGGUUGGCAAAUAGGUUUAUAAUUUUUUUUUCUGGAUUAAAACUUGAUGUGUACUAUGCAGUUUGCUGCACACAAAGGAGUUUGACCUAAGUAGGUAGUAAAUUGACCUAAGUAUGAAAUCAAAUUUUUUUUCUGGGCUUAAAUAAAAUGGACUCAAUGGACAAGAUGACGUAUGUCAGUAUGGUGGUAGAUUAGCUGACAUUUACUCACAUUUUUGGGCUCAGUUACCUACACAAGUUGGAGAUGUUGAAGUGUGUUGGAAGACAUUGUAUGAAAGAUUGUAUUUUAUUUUCCCAGCUCUGCUCAGUGCUAUUAGUAGCUCAUUUUCCAGAGCACUAAAACAAAAAACCUAUUAUGCUGCUUUUAUUCAAGCCAGUAGAAAAAUAACUCCAAAGAUUCCAGUGAUUUGUGAUUUGGAUAUUUAGUGAUUGUACCCUCAUUUCAUUUUGAGGGGUCUUGAGUUGUUAAAGAUAGAAAACUUAAUUUGAGUAGCUUCAGGUUUAAAAUGUUUUGAAUUCAAGUGUAAGCUAAGAUUAUUUUGACUUCAUCAGGGGAAAAAUUAAUAAACUUUUUUUUUUUUAAAGAUGCCAUUACAAUAAUUUGUGUUCUGUGACUGUACUUCAGUAUAGUGUGAUAAAAUGGCUGUUGUAUUCCUGGAUAACUAUUCCAUGUUCUGGAUGUUGUAAGAGACACUAAACUGAAACUGAAGUGUCUUUGAACAUUGACAAAACGGGAUGGUGUCCUGGAAUGCAUUGCUUAAAACCCACCUCAUUAAGAAGCUGUUACAAAUGUGGGGGAGGGGGGAAACCUAGUGCAACUUAAUUCACAAAGAAAUGGGUAUGCUCUUAAUACACAAUUGGAAAGCUACCACACUUACUUCCUGAGUUCUAAAUAAAUUUCAGAAUGGAAAAUUUCUAAAAUUUGGUGUGUUUUGUUGGUUUGUGACUACUAACUUUGGAGCAGUUGUUCAUACGUGAAAUCAGUUUUCAUAACUAUACAGUACACAAAUUGUAAAUAUAAAAUAGAUACCUUGGUUGCAGGUGGGCGGAACAUGCCAAUCUUUCCUUCCCCUGAUAUUAAACACUUAUUCUCAUAACAUAAGUACCCAACUAAUAAGACUAAUUUUUGUGACAUUUCUAACCUUACUGGAAAUUUUUAAUUGAAGCCUCUUAACAUUCAAUUCGCUUUUUUCCCUUAUGCUAGCCAACUUUGUAGAUUGCUUUUAUGCGUGUUUCUAACUGUACCGUAAGUAGAAGCAUACGUUUUGAUGUUUAGCCUGGUCUAAAUUUAUGAAUGGGAAACUUGGGUUUUUUUGAUUGUAACACAGGGUUAACUUGUACACUUAAAUAUGUAUCUAUAAUCGAUCAUAUCAAACAUAAAACAGCCUAGUACAGAAAGAGAUGUGUCCCUAAGCCAUCGAAAUUCCAUUCAGCGUGUUGAAGUUCUUAUUUGGUUUUGAGAUUUAAAUCUGGUUCAAAAAGGGCAUAUACUUACAAGGCUUCAUUACAAGCCAAUAUUCUCAGACUCAUAAAUGCUGAAGUUGAAUACAGCCAAAGUUCGAAGCGUUAAUUGUCUAGUGACAAUAUGGUGUUUUUGUAUAAUAGUAUGUGUGUUUAUUUCUUGCAAAAUUGUUAAUGGGUACUGACUGCUCCCUGUUUCUUCCUUAUGUUAUUUGUAGUACCCAUUAAGCUUAAAAAAUGGUUUCCUCCCCCUUCCCAGCCCCUAAAUAAUUUGCUAUGGCAGAGCAAAGCACAACAGUGUUGUGGGUCUUACAGAGAUAUUGAUUCUAGGUCUGUGGCAUAUUUUAAAUCAACAACUGAAGGAAGAAAUAUCCUAGCAACUUUUUGUGUUAAAGUGAAUCAGAUCUGGGGCAUAAAUUAGUUGCCUAUGUAGUCUUACAACAGGUGGACCAAAGUUUUGCUGUUGGCAAACCUGCCAUUCAACAGUUUUUUUUUCCCCAUGGGAAAAAAAGAGUUCAGCUUUUAGGAAUUCUGUGAAAAAUGGAACAACUAUUGGAACUGGUUUUCUUUUUAAAAGAGCUACAGUGGUGAUAUGAAGAGCAAAUACAAGUGCUGUGAAAUUGGUGUUGCACAUGAAUGAAAUAUAUGCAUCCUAGAAGAGUAAAAAGUACUGGACGUUCUGAUUCACUUGGGAGAAGAGUUUGCAUGAGUGACCUAAUUAGGGCAGCCAAAAAAGGAAAAUACAACACAAGGAUUUUUAUAUCUAUUCAAUAAAAAUCUUUUAAGUAUUCUUCUAAUGGGUCUAAUUGUGUGGCAUGAACUAAAACUUUGUAGUUCCUUAAAUAUGAAAAUGUAGACAAGCAGUGAAGAUUAUAUCAUAGGUGAAAAAUAUUAGUUUUGGGAGGAAAUGUGCAACUUGGCUGCAUUAAUUUAGUAAUUCCUUUGAUCAUUUCUGCGAAGGGAAUUCUGUUUGGAUAUAAUGCAGUUAACUGUAGAAAAAGCUAAAAUCACAUUUACCUUUCAGGCAAGAAUGGAAUAUUUCAACUUAAAAAAAAAAAAUCAACUUGUUUGAUGGGAAGGUCUGAGGGCAAAGCCAUAACACACAUUUUUGUAGCCUCAUAUGAGUGAGAGCCUGGGAAUUAAAAUUACUUUA